CUAGUGCUUUGCUAUUGGGGUUUCCUUUUACAUUUUCCUCACCAGGAUGUUUCCAAAACAAUUUCCCGGAAUAAAGGCCUGUGCCUUCCCAGUUCCUUCUCUACCUCCUUCCAUGCCUAUGCCUUCUUCCCCACACUAAAAAGCCCCCCCUAAUUCCCAGUUCCCAUCACAAAAACUCUCUCUCUCUCUCUCUCUCUCAUGGCUGCUCUGCAAGAAGACCCAUUAAGGGAGCAUCAAGAAGGAGAUAUGGAUGACAAUGAAGAGACUUUUUCGGCUGGUGGGUGUGGCUGUCUUAGGCUUUUGGGCAUCGGAUGGAGGCAAAGCAGUGGCAAAGAAAGCAAGCAUCUGUUGCAGGAUAAAAGAGAGCACAGGGAGACAUGGCUGAAUGAGAUUAAGCAGGUUACAGAGGUAUUCGGAGGGCCCAAGUGGAAGACUUUCAUAAGGAAGAUGGGCGGAUAUAAGAAGCAGACGAAUGGGUUUCAUUAUGAUCCACGCAGUUAUGCUCUCAACUUUGAUAAUGGUUUUGAUAGGGAAGAAGAAGAAGGUUUGGUUAGUCACGACUUCACGUCGAGGUUUCCUGCUCCUUUUCAUGAUGAAAACCGACCAACUGGAUUGUAAUGUCGAUGAUGAAUUGAUGAUUAUGUCCAUGAUUGCCAUCUCUUUUUUUCUUUUCUUUUCUUUCUUUCUUUCUCUUCUUCUUCUUCUUUUAUUUAUUUAUUUAUUUUUUUUUU